UUUGCUUUGUUCUUGAAGAUUGACAAUGGAUUGGAGGAUGAUGAAUCAGAAGGCUCCACUGAUGAGGGUGAUGAGUCAUUAGAUUUAUCAAGGAUAACUGAGUUGAGACUUGUGCCAUCGGAUCUUGAUCAAUUGGAUACUCUCUUCCAGAUCUUUUGUGAAUGUGCUGAGCUUAAUCCUGAACCAAUUGAAGGGGAGGAAGAAGAGCAUAAUUGGAUAUUCAGUGCAGAUCAGCUGGAAAAUCAGGAAGCUGAGGAAGAAUCUGAAUGGACGUUUUCUCAGAAUCUGACACAUUCUAUUGGUCAUUCAAAUGGAGAUCACGACUUAGCUCAUAAUGUGCUGCAGCUUCAAAUUAAUGAUCAAAGGUUUGAAGAUGCGGAGGAAAUGGACAGCGACAGCAAAAAUGGUCAUCGCUAAGGCGUCACCAUACUGAAUCAGAUUAUCUUCUUGGGUAUCAUGAUAUCUCACAACGAACUUUUGAUGUAUAUUAAAGUGUGUCAACCUGGUCCUGCUUAUCACAUUUCAGAUGUUCUUGCGGAAAUGUUGAUUUUAAUUUUUAGGUCUUUUGCCCAAAGAUAUUACAUGAUAUUCAGGAAUUAUAGUUAUUGCAUAUCAGAACUAGUGACCUAUGAGUAGUGCGAGCCAAGACCACAUAGCUUAAGUUGAAGGCAGCGUUUCUUGGUUUUUUUCCCUGUCUUGUGCCCUUAUCGAUUUUUUACCUGAGUUAUGGUUAUGACCUUAAAACUUCCAGGGA